AACGUGGGAUUGGUGUUUGGGAAUCGGGAAUGUUUUGGGUUCCAGGGAAGCCUAAUCUCAUCCGGAGUCCCUAAAGCUCUAGGCCAGUUGGUACAGGAAUUUCGAAAUCGGAAUCCAAAUAGAAGUAGAGUUUUUCCAAAAUGGUGUGCUACUUGCGAUCAUACUCUGAGAAGUAUUUAUGGAAACUCUAUAUAAUUCGGAGAGAUAGAGAUUUUUUUACCAAGAGAUCUUCGCGCAAUAUUAAAGAUCAUCAACGAGAGAGUCGCCGAUUUCCAUCACCGCCGCCAGAAUCUGCAUGUCCAAUCCCCGUUCGCUGCCGGAACCAUGAGCGAUCGAUUCACAUUGUCGUCGUCAUCUUCGACCUUCUCUUUUUGCAGCGAGUGUGAGUAAACCCAUGCAAACAUACAUGGCGGAAGCAUUUGGGCAAAAACGAAAUCAUUCUAUUCAGAAUCUGGGUUCUUCCCAGCUGGGAGGAAAUGGUUUACUUAAUUAUCCCAUAAGAAACCAAGUAGACUCUCAGAUUGACUGGCGAAAGGAUCCCACAAUCAUUCCACUUCGUAAAUUGUUGACAUACAGAAUUUAUCUUCUCUUUAGACCGAUAAGGAGCAUCGAAUGGAAACAGUGUGCAUCUAAUCUUGCAACUAGCUUGGAAAACGAACUAUUUUUGGGGGCUGCUUCUAAGGAGGAGUAUGUGAACCAGGAGAAACAGAAUCAACUGUUGCAGAUCUUAAUCCAAUGUAAACUAAAUGGUGUUAACCCCAGUCACCAACAAACUCAUCAUCUCACAUCAACAACCUUGCCCUCUUGUGUGGUGAUGCCAACCUAUGGCAUAUCUCAGGAUUGUUGUGAUUCAGAUGCACCUGAUCCUCCUCUGGAUCAUGUCAUGGCUGCCAGCACUGAUUAUGGCAUAGUAAUACCGGACAAUAAAAGUCAAUCUAGCUUCUUCAAAGGAUCCCUGUUGAAUGACUAUAACAAAAGAGUUGCUGCUUCAGUCAAUCCCCCUAAUGCGAAGAACAUGGUUUCAUCAUUUGGCAUAAGACCGAUUGCAUGCAAGAUGGAUCCUAAACUUGAACAGUUUCCAGUUGUUUCUGCGCAUUCUAAUGGAGAUGGAUGUUCUGAUGGUGGAGCUUUUGACAAUGGACCUUGCUUUUCUGGGUGCACUUCACAGUAUAUUUCUCAGUCAUCAAUCAGAAGCCAUUUGAAGAGGAAACAUCUGGAUCGGAGUACUCACUGUAAUGAAGCAGGUGAAUCCAAUCAGCUGAAAUUUAGAGGUCUCAUGGGGGGUGAUCAGAAUUUUUAUCCCAUGGGUUUUCCUUCCACAUUGGAUCAAACUUCAGAGUCCUUGGAUUCAAAUUUACAGAUCCUAAAACAGGUUCCAGGGAGGAUUUCUAAAGCGUCUGUUAGUUUUCCUGGCAUGAUCUUCAAUGGAGCCAGUUCAACUCUUGAGGAUUCGCAAAAGUUACAAGAGCUGAAGAUAGAGCCUCAUCAAUUUCAUCAGCAGUUGCAUCACUCUUAUAGGAAGUUUGAUAAACCUUCUGAGGCCCAACCCAGGGGUUACAUGGCCAAAAGGGCCAAAUCUUGCUGUCAAAAAUUGGGUCAAAAUGCACUCGAGCAGCCUCAGCCUUCUUUGGUGCAAUCACAUGGGACUCAAUUUGGCAUUUCUGAAACUAACGCACCUCCCUUUAGUUCAAAUGGAGCUUCUAGGCAUGAAAAUUUAAGUAAUACAUUGCAGUUAUCUUCUGAGCAUCAGAUUCUAGGUUCUUAUAUGGACUAUCAGAGUUUGACUGUGCCUUCAGGGAAAAGCAAAGUUUCCUUUGUGAAUUAUGCGCAUUCAACAGCAUGUAAAGGUCACACAUGUGAUUCUCUCAGCUACUCCACACCAUCAUCGCAUUUUGAUAACGGUCAAUUUUCAGAUUGCUCUAUCUCUGGGCCUGUCCGAAGGUCAGAUGCUACUGAUAAACAUCAGUUGGGAUUAAGGAAAUUCAAGAAAGGUGUCUUAUCCUUCGAUGAUAGAAAUACUGGGGGGACCAACUCCAAAAAUUUUUAUGCCAUACCACCUCCUUCAAAACGUCUGAAGGUGGUGAAUCCCUCUUCCCACUUUUCAUCUAAAGGUCAAGUUUGUCAUGUAUUAGCUCCUUCAAUGGAUCAACACUGUCCUCCUAAAGGCCUUCUAAACCCUCCACAAUGUGCUGAAUCUCCUGCAUCAGUUAACUCAGAAGUUGUGACGGUGAACACAGAACUGGUUACCAGCCCCACAAAGGUCCACACAGGGAUUAGUGAGAUCAGGAAUGAUGUCGCAGCUAAUCCUCUAAGAGUGACUUCCAAGCCUGCACAAACUAGUUCUCCAGAUCUCUUGGUUAGUUCAAAUGAGGAGAUGGAACCUACAGGCAUCAGUGAGAUUAGAAGCGAUGUUACAGAUGAUUUUCAGGGACUAAGUGUUGCCAAUGUGCCUGUUCACUCUGAAGAGCCCACAAUUGGUCAUGAGGAGCAGGAGUUGCAGAUUGAGAUUAAGUCAGACCAAGUGAAGCCAAAUAUCCAGAGUGAUUUUGGGACCCCAGCAACUGACCAUGAGGAAGGAAUAAAGUUUGAUCCUUCCAAGCCCAAAAUAGGGAGUGAUUUUUCUCCAGAUCUCAUGGUUAGUCCAAAUGAGGUGAUGGAACCUACAUGCAUCAGUGAGACUAGAAGCGAUGCCAUGGAUAAUGAUCAGGGAUUAAGUUUUGACGAUAUGUCUGUUCUCUUUGAAGAACUCAGUACUGGUAAUGAGGAGCAGACACUGCAGAUUGAGAUAAUGUCAGACCUAGUGAAGACCCCAGCAACUGACCAUGAGAAAGGAAUAAAGUUUGAUCCUUCCAAGCCCAAAAUAGGGAGUGAUUGUUCUCCAGAUCUCAUGGUUAGUCCAAAUGAGGUGAUGGAACCUACAGGCAUCAGUGAGAAUAGAAGCAAUGUCAUGGAUAACAAUCAGGGACUAAGUUUUGUUGAUGUCUCUGUUCUCUUUGAAGAACUCAGUACUGGUAAUGAGGAGCAGAUGAUGCAGAUUGAGAUAAUGUCAGGCCUAGUGAAGACCCCAUCAAUUGAUCAUGAUAAAGAAGUAAAGUUUGACCCUGCCAAGCCCGAGAAAGAGGGUGUUUGUUCCCCAGAUCUCAUGGUUAGUCCAAACAAGGUGAUAGAACCUACCAGCAUCGGUGAGGAUAGAAGUGAGGUUGUGGGCAAUUUUCAGGGACUAUGUUUUUCUAGUGUGCCUGUUCACUCUGAAGAGCCCACUAUUGGUGAUGAGGAGCUGGAGAUGCAGGUUGAGAUCAAGUCAGACCAAGUGAAGCCAAAUAUCCAUAGUGAUUUUAGAACCCGAGAAACUGAUCAUGAGAAAGGAGUGAAGUUUGACUCUGCCAAUCCAGAAAUAGAGAGUGAUUGUACUUUCCCAAUGGCUGAAGAUGAGACAAAAACAGAGAACGAUUGUAUUGCCCCGACAGCUGAUGAUGGGAUCCCAAUCAAGUCAGAAAACACAAAGAGAGAGAGUGUCUCUUUAGCUGAUUUUUUCACUGCAGAGCAAAUAAAGGAACAUAUAUGGAGUCUCAGGGGAUCCAUUCAGCAGAAUCUUUCGAAGAAAGUAGCAGGACAGAAAAUAACAAAUUCCACCAGUGAAAAUUCAUGCCAGCUGUGCAUGGCGGAUAACCUUUUGUUUGCUCCGGAACCAAUGUAUUGUUCCUUGUGUGGAACCCGUAUCAAACAUGGUGUGCUUUAUUACUCUACCCAAGCUGAAAAUGGAGCAACGCAUUGUUGUUGUACUUCAUGCUAUAAGAUGUCUCGUGGUGGGAAUAUCACAUUCUGUGGGUUUACAAUCUCCAAGGCAAAGCUGGACAAGAAAAAGAAUGACAAAGAAACUGAAGAAUCGUGGGUUCAAUGUGAUAAAUGUGAAGGCUGGCAACACCAGAUAUGUGCUCUCUUUAAUGAUAAAAGGGAUAUGAUAGAAAAUGCCAAGUACAUUUGUCCCAUAUGCUACUUAAAAGAAAUAGAAGCCAACCAGUGUAUGUCCUUACCAAAGGAUGCUUUUUCUGGUGCAAAAGAUCUGCCAAGUACAAUGCUUAGCAACCACAUAGAGCAAAGGCUUUUUAGUCGUCUUGAGCAAGAGAGAAAAGAGAGAGCCAGUGCUGCAGGAAAGAACUUUGGCGAGGUUCCUGGAGUGGAAGAUCUUGUUGUGAGAGAGGUGUCGUCCGUCGACAAACAAUUAAAAGUGAAUAAGGAGUUCUUGGAUUUCUUUCAUGAUGAUAAUUACCCAGCCGAAUUCCCCUACAAAUCAAAGAUGAUUCUUCUCUUCCAGAAGAUUGAAGGGGUAGAUGUAUGCCUUUUCGGAAUGCAUGUCCAGGAGUUUGGCUCAGAAUGUCGACAACCAAAUCAACGCAGUGUUUAUAUCUCAUAUCUCGAUUCUGUCAAGUACUUCAGGCCUGACAUUGCUACUGUUGGUGGAGAAGCCCUUCGUACCUUUGUCUAUAAUGAAAUAUUGAUAGGGUACCUUGAUUAUUGUAAGAAACGAGGUUUCACAACAUGCUAUUUAUGGUCUUGCCCCCCUUUGAAAGGAGAAGAUUAUAUUUUAUAUUGCCAUCCCAGAACUCAGAAAACACCAAAAACUGAUAAGCUGCGGCAAUGGUAUAGGUCAAUGCUAGCAAAAGCAGCCAAAGAAAAUAUUGCGGUGGAGCUCACUAAUUUAUAUGAUCACUUCUUUAUUCCAACUGGAAAAUGCAACACCAAGGUGACAGCAGCUCGUUUGCCUUAUUUUGAUGGUGACUAUUGGACAACUGCUGCUGAGGAUUUGAUCAGGAAUAUUGUACGUGAAAGUGGAGGAAAUUUACAAAAGGCAACAAAACUAGUGACAAAGAGAACUUUAAAAGCAAUGGGUCAUAUUAAUCCCUCAGAUGAUGCUGCAAAAGAUAUUCUACUGAUGCAAAGAUUGGGUCAAGCUAUCUUUCCCAAGAAGGAAGACUUUAUUAUGGCCCACUUGCAGUCUUUUUGCUCAUUCUGCCAAGAAGCAAUACUAUCUGGAAGGCGAUGGGUUUGUAAUCAGUGCAAAAAUUUUCAGCUAUGUGAAAGAUGCCAUGAUAUGGAGCAAAACCCAGAUGAACAGAACAUGCACUCUGUCAAUAGCAUGGAAAAACAUGUACUCUCGCAGGUUGUGAACAAUGUACCUGUUGAUACAGAGGAUAAGGAUGCUACUUUAAAUAAUGGUUUCUUUGAGAAUAGGCAAUCUAUCUUGAGCUUUUUACAGACAAACCAUUAUCAGUUUGAUACACUGCGCCGGGCCAAGCAUUCCUCAAUGAUGAUGCUUCAUUAUCUCCACAAUUACUCAGGAUGUUGACUCCAAACAAGCAAUUUCUUUGUCAAAUCAUAUUUUAUAAAGAGAUGAUGAGAUGAGUAGAUGGUUAUCCAGCCAAGGAGUUCGCUAAGUCCAACCAAGGUGCAAUUUUUGAAUGAGGAAGACAGAUACAGUGGAAAAGGAUCUCCUUAAGACUAUGCACAAACACUUCGUUUGGCCAUUGGUGGUUCAGCAAAAAGCAAAGAAAUAGAGGUGACUGGUGAAGGAGUAAAUCCAUCAGCACCAAAUCCCUGGAGACUUCUUGACCAUCGUCAGUAUAUACAAGGAAGCACAUAUUUAGAAAGUUGAAGGAAACUGCAUUUUAGCAGGCUGCCAAAGGGCUGGUCCAAGGAUAUGUUUUGAGGAAAAGGAGAUGGCAAACCUCCAUUACUUAUUUGGUAUACUUCUGCUCCUUCAAAAUUUUCAUGAUCUUUGGCAUUUAAGAACCACCAAUGAGGGACAUUCCCUUCCUCCCCCCCCUCGCAAGGCAAAAAAUGUAUGGUCUCUGGAUCCAUGGCCCAGGAGGAAAGCAAUGCUACUUCAGCAAUGGCAUUGGUACAGGAGAAACCGGUCGAGCACUAUGAUUAUUUAAGUGUGCUAAAGAACUGUUAUGGGUCCUAGACUGUGGCGCAUGUUUCAUCUUCCACAAUAGCCUUCGUUAAUGUUCACUGGCAGGAAGGGAGGGGAAUGGCUGAGAGGCUAACAAGCACAUGAGCAAGCAAUAAAAGGGGCUUUGAUUUGAGGAAAGCAACUCUGGAAUUAUUUCUUUAGUUGACACUUAACUUACAGCAGUCUUUGAUUAUUCUGUGUUGGAUGAGGCGCUAUUGCUAUUGCUAUUGCUACUCCCCUGUUGCCAACGUUCCGUUACCCAAUAAUAAUAUUUUUGGAGCGUUUUAGAAAGGUCCAUGUUAAACAAUUGUCCAAUUCUGAGUAAUUUCUAUUAUUAUUUUCUCUCUUAUUUUCUUUGCCCACGAAAUUAUGCCAAAAAAGGCAUCU